UUGGGCUCUGACUUUCCAUUUCCCCUGACCAGAAUCUAACAACCCCAUUUGGUGUUUGCUCACCACCGAUCCCUGACAGCAUUACCGGCCUCUCCAUAGCAGAAGAUGCAACUCGAUGCACUCGCCUAUCUCCGUCGAUUAGCAAUCGAGCAUCCCGCGGGCGGCGUGCGUCGCGUGCGGCUGAUCGACGUGUCUACGCCCAAGGCAGCUGCCGUGUGUUGUUGGUAUGCGGGCCUACUGCCGGAACUCGAAGCGCUUGAGGUGGGUGAGGGAGGAGAUGGUAGCAUGGUGGUCAACCCUAGCGUGUUCCUCCCGUGGGUGAGGAAGAAACUAGAGGAUGCCGGGGUCAGGUUUCAGCGAAUUAGUACGGUGGAAUCGUUAGAGGAGUUGAAGACCUUCGGGCAUGGCAUCCUGAUCGAUGCGUCUGGUUUGGUGUCACGGACGAUGCUGGAUGUGCGUGACGAGGAGCUGACGAUGGACAGCACCUACGUGAGCGUGGUCAGAUCAACCUAUGGCGUGAGCGUGGUCAGAUCAACCUAUGGCGGCGCGUUUUAUACGUUUAUCUUUGGUCGCGGCGACGGGUCUGCUGUUGUUAGCGGUAUCUCCCACCGAAGAGGUUCCCGACGAUGUGAGGAAGACUGCCCGUCCGUUAGCUUCGGCGAGUACCAGAUCCUCCAACAUCUGGUGGGGAUCCGUCCCCUAAGGCCCGUCGGAGUUCGAGUCGAGAAAGAGUUGCCCAACGGCAGAAAGUCCACGAUUGGCGGCUACAUUCACAGCUUCGGGCUUGCCCGGAAGGUGGUACGACUGGUGGAUGAGUUUGCUUUCAAAUUUUAG